UUUAUUAUUAUUUGUGUUGUUAUUAUAAUUACAUUUAUCGCGUUACUGAGCAACACGGUUUCGAGUUAUUUAACAAAAAUGUCUAACAGCGAUGAGUCAACCGCAACAAACAUUUCAUUAGUUUCUAAUAAAUCGGCGAAACCAAAGAGACGUAAAUGGAAUCAAGAGGAAUAUGAAUUGAUUGGCGACUUUCUACUUAACCUUUAUCAUCGUCAAGUGCUCACAAAAAACAAACAUGAGUUCAGCGUCCUAAGAAAAGAGGAAACAUUGAAAGAGUUUUUAACAUUUUCAAAAACUGCUAAAGUAGGAAAAAAAUUUGAGAAAUUGAGCGAUAUCGAUAAUUUUGGCGAAUUAUUACAAAAUGCUGGAUUUUUAGUGGAAUCUUCUGACAAAAGUCCUUUUUAUAAACUGAAGAGUUCAACUUUGAUCCGUUAUCGUAAGAAUAAACUUGAAAGAUUGGACAAAUUGAGAAUUAAUUUGGACAUUAGCAAUGGGCAGCCAAGUAAAUCUAUUGAUAACGAAAACAAUGCAGGACCGAACGAUGAAAUCGAUGAAAGUUCACAAGUGCAUCAGUUACAAUAUCAAGGCACAACACUGCAGGAAAGAAAAAACGAUUUCUAUUUAACCAACACCGGAUGCGGUAUAUGUCAAGAAAAUUUUGAAACCAUGUGCGCGUAUGAAGAGCACAUACAGAAGCAUAGCGACGAUAGCGACUUUGAAUUCCUAAAUUCCUUAAAAAAAUUUGAAUCGCCGACAUUUUCAAUGCACUACAAAUUCUGUAAAGAUUCGCAUAAGUUGUGCAUUACUUUCGUAAGAACCACUGAGGAUAAUUUAGUUAUUGAAAGGAUCAUUCUAGUGCAAACUCGUUCUGUAAUCUAUGCGCACAAUCUAAAAGUUCCCUAUGAGAUGCCCGUCGAGGGAUACGACAACUUUUACGUGGACUCACAAUUGUUUACUUUGCACGUGGAAUACCCGAUUGUGUUAGUGUGCCAUCUAAAGGAAAGCAAAGAAGUUCGUAUCGUUGAGGAGCAUCAUCUUACGAUUUCCCAUGAGCUUCCUUCCAUAAAAUUUGGCUAUAAUCCAAAUCAUAUACCGAAAUCGACACCCUUUAAAUCAAAGUUUGAACUGCCAUUUUACCUUCCGCCGAAAAAGGUUGAGGACGCAUUAAGCGACGAUUUCUUUUGCGAAGCCUUAAUGAAAAAUUCAAAGGAAUUUCGAGAAUAUAUCAAAAAUGAUAAAAUCUUGCAAAUAUCUACGUACGCUUCAUCGUUACAAAUUUUAUUGCAAAUCGAAGAUGUUGACACUACUAAGGAAUACGAUAAAUUAACACAACAGAAUGUCGUAGUGAACUCUUGUGGUGACGAUUAUUCAUUAAAAUUAAAAGGCAACAAAGUAUUUAUUGAAAAUAUUUUGACACCUGUUGAUAAUGUUAUACUAAAAGGAGCGAGAAAAACCUAUUACGGUAUCAUUACGGCUGUAAACGUGAAUCGUGUUAGUUUUCGUCGUGAUGGCGAAAUUAUACCAAUACACGCCAAAUAUACAGUCGUAUUUCGUCCCUCUCGAUUUUCAAUACGCCAUCAGUAUGAUGCUUUAAGCACAUUAAAUUCUAACAUGGAGAAAUUUCAAAGAUUUCUAUUUCCUAGCGAUGUAAAUCCACUUCCAGCAGCUCGUUUAAGUUUGGAAUUAUAUAACAAACAUAUAGAACACAAUCCUGAACAAUUCGAAGCCGUUUGUAAUAUUGUUCAGGGACCACGUCGUGAUGCUACGUACAUAAUUUUUGGUCCUCCUGGCACAGGUAAAACCACUACAGUUGUGGAGGCGAUUUUACAGCUAUUGAAAAAGUCAAAUACAAAAAUUUUGGUAGCAGCAUCAUCAAAUGCUGCGUGUGAUGAGGUAGCUUUACGCUUAUGUCACGCGAUGGAGCCAUUAAAUCUGAGACGAGCUAUUGUGCGCAUUUACGCACGCUCUUAUGAGAAACGCGUCGAUUUUAUCGAUGAUUUGCUAUUAGAUAAGUCAAAUAUGUACGAUUCUCAUUUUUUUCCAAGCGUUGAGGUACUACAUAUGUACCGUAUUGUUGUUUGUACACUGUCAAUAGUCGCUAAAUUAGCUAUGGGCGGUUUCGGUGAAGGAUUCACUCAUAUCUUUAUCGACGAGGUAGCUGCUUGUACGGAAACCGAAGCACUUCUCGCUAUAGUAAAUAUUGCUAACAAUGCAACCAGCUUAAUAAUAUCCGGCGAUCACAAGCAAUUAGGGCCAAUUCUGCAAUCGACGCGAGCCGAGAAUCUAGGUUUAGGGGUCUCUUUGAUGGACCGGCUUAUGGAACGUGAAUGCUAUCGUUCUAAUGAUGAUACCAGGGAAUAUAAUCGUUCAAUACAAACACGCUUGCGUUUGAAUUUCCGUUCACAUCCAGAGAUUGUGAAUCUAUUUAGCGGCUUAUAUUACAAUCAUACAUUAGAAGCAAAGUCUAAUAUAAGUGAUGUUGACUUAGCCAAAAAGUGGCAUCAAACGCCCAAUCAUGAAUAUCCCAUAAUAUUUCACUCUGUUAAAGGUUAUUGUGAACGGGAUCGCCAAUCAGUAAGUUUAUUUAACUUGGUAGAAUUGAAUGUAGUUAUGGAUUAUGUUAAAGACUUCUUAUACUAUGGUAUCAACGGUGAGCCAGUUAACGAGUCCGAUAUUGGUAUAAUUUCGCCUUAUAAGAAACAAUAUCAAUGUAUACAGGAACAAUUGAAUUUACGGAAAUGGUUUAAAAUCGAAACAGGGGCAGUGGAAAGUUUUCAGGGUCGCGAGAAACCGAUAAUAAUUGUUUCUUUUGUACGAUCAAGAAUGGAAACUUUGGGCUUCCUUAAAAAUCCAAGACGUUUAAAUGUAACCAUAUCUCGCGCGAAAUCACUACUCAUACUAAUUGGAAAUGCGGAAACAUUGAGCAUGAACGAGGAUUUUGCGCACAUCAUAGACAUGUGUCGUCGGCAUGGAUCUUUUCGUGAGCAGCAACAAUUUAACGUAAAAAGAGUAACGAAGAAUAGACAUUACGCUUUCGUUAAAAAAAGAGGAUUUCAAAAAUAUAACGCAUUGGCAGGAAAAGAAGGGGGUGACGUCAUAGAGCAAGCCAAGAAUAAUAAUAGUGACAUUAAUGCCAAAAGACGGUCAAGACGAAGUGGCUACGAAAGGCGGCAACGAAACGUGAAGAGUGCCAACGUUAGUACGGAUGAUGCUAAGUCUGUGGAGAAACAAGGCAAACUAAACGUUACAAAUAUAGAGAGUAUAUUUAAUGAGUUGCCAAAGGUACCACAACUGGUUAAAACUGCUGCGAAUAAUGAG